AAUUAAUAUAUAUAAGUAUAUAAAUCUAUUUUGGAUACCCAAAAUACUUCGGUUUGGAUCGGAUUAGGUUUCAGUUCUUCAAAUACCAAAAUUUUGAAUAAUUCAGAUAUUUAAUCAAUUUCGGUUCGGAUUUAGUACUACCUAUUCGGAUUGGGAUCGGUUCGAUUUUUCGAGUUCGAGUUUUUUGCCCAACCCUAAAUAGUGACAUAAAAAGCAAAUAGCAUCAUAUUUUUUUUUAAAAUACAUCCGCACGGGCGUGCGGGUCAAAAUCUAGUAUUUGUUAAAGGAAAGGGUACGCAUCCAUUGGCUUUUGAUCUUUGCUUAAACUUAAAUUGAGUUUCCUUGCCAAGAUUUCAAAUUCAAAGGAUUUGUAGGAGUAUUAAGAGACACUCAAACAGGAAGUUGUAAAUCAUAGUAUUAAGAACCACUAGUCAAAUAAUGAAUGUACAAACAAAUACCAUUUCGCUUAUAUUAUUGAAUGCUUUUGUUGAUAACAAAUCAUAUAUAAGAUUAGGAUUGAUUGAAUGCCUUUUGUUGAUAACAAAUCAUAUAGUAUAAUAUUACGAUUGUACAACCACCAUAUAAAAUAUGUUAAACCAUCACAUCACACUCGUAUGAUUUGUUAGGUUCUCUUUCUAGCUAUUUCACCAGUGGUAAAUUUCCACAACUACUGAUAUAUAUAUGUUGUUGUCUUGUUGACCGUGGAUAACCAAGUUGAUUACGAAAUUAAAUACAAAUUAUGACAAAGAAGACGGCGUAUAUUACGAUAAAUAUUAGCAGUAGUGGUCACUGGAUACACAAACAUUGCAGUGUUAUGUUUGUUGUUUGCAUGUGUCACAGUAUGUAUGAAUGUAUAUAAUAUAAAGGGUAUUGCACAUAUAUACACUUCUCUUUCAUUGUCCAAAUCUAAUACAGGCCAUGAUGAACAUUUUUGUGGUUAUAUCAAUAAUUUUAUACUUCAUGUAUUCAUGUUAUUGUCCUGAUGCAAAGAAGAAAUGAAAUAAUUUGAAACUGGAGACAAAAAAGUGAAAUGCAGAACGCACCAUAGAAUGUUGUCUACUUCUGCAGUACUACAGGGCCAAUAUAUCUCAUUAUCUCCUACCCGAGCCACAAUAUUAGCCCAGACAGAGAACAAAGCUUUGAUAAGUGCGGGAUGCCUUAUAGGGCAGUCAAAAGUCAACAAGUUUUUAGCGACACGUGUUAGCAUAUUUGAGCGAUUGUCGGAUUGGCCACGUGACAAAUCCAGCAAAGAAUCGACACCCGGUUUGUGCCAUCUGAAGUUCUCUGUUCUGCUUACCAGAUCAUUGAAGUUUUUGUUAUUCAAUAUUUAGGUAAACUAAAGUGUCUCACGAUAUUGUUUGUUUUUUUAGUGAGGUCAAAUGUUUGCACAAAUGCUUUGUGAAUGUUAUCAUUCUCCUCAAAUAUAGCUUUGUAUAUCUUCAUGGAUUUGUUAGUAGAGAGAUGUCACAAUCAAUAUAUUCUAAAAUAUUACUAAGUGUUUGACUAUAUUUUGUUUUAAAAAUUCAUCAAGUACCAAAUUAAAAGAUAAACUGAAAAAAAAAACUUCAACUUUGUACAUAUUAUUGCAAAAAUUAAAUACAACAUUAAGCUAAAACAGUCAUUUUGAUAAAUUUCAAGAUUGUAACUGUAAAAUUGAAUUCUAAAUAACGUAUUAUUGACAAUAUAUAAAAUUCAGAAAAUAUAUAUAAGACAACAAAAAACACACAACCGCUAAGAGUCUAAAAAAAGGGGAUGUAAUGUACUUGUAUAUAUCAUGGCAUCAUAUACGAAAUCAUAUCUUGUAAUAACUUUGUGCCAUAUUUUGACAGAAAAAAAGAAGAAAAGAAUUGUGUAAUACAUUUCAUAAAAAAAUUUACAAGAUAAAAUGAUAAAUUGCUUAUGGCGGUCUUGGAUUAUGUUAGACCAGCCGCAACGCUGAUCCUUAAUGGAUCCUUAGCGGGUAAUCCGAUGGUUAUCGGAUUAAAAUAACAAUAUUUAACCGAAAUAAUCGAAGGAUCAAUCCGUAAAUAAGGAUUAAACGGAGUUGAUCCUUAGAGACGUGGCGCGUUCUGGUUCGUCCGUCGGCUUUGUCAUUCGUACGUAUCAAAAAAAAACUAAUCAUUUUCGACAUAAGGCGAGGAAAAAAAAACGUCUCGAGUGAAGGCGAUAUCAAAGGCGAUUCGAUCCAUCCCGAGAAGAAGGUUUAACCAAUCAUGGGACAAGACUAUUCGUACAGCCAGCCGUCAUCGUCAGAUGAGUUCGACAUGACGUACCUUCUUGAAGCAGAGGCUGCUCUUUACGCGGAUGAAGGACAGAGUAGUUUCUCUGUUGGCGAGGCUGUUCGCAACCCACCUGAGGCUGAUGAUGGCAUCCCAACGAGAUGUUACUGUGGCAGUGAGGCUGCUAUUGCAACAUCUUAUACGCGAAAAGAUCCAGGGAGGUUGUACUACACGUGCGAGAAUAGAGAUGAUGGGGGCUGCCACAUAUGGAAAUGGUGGGAUGUGGCAGUCACGGAGGAGGUGUUUGAGGUUCAGAGGGAACUCAGGCUGCUUAAGGAGCAAGGUUACGAGUGCGAUCAGAAGCUGCUUAAGCUACAAAAGACCGUCUGUGAGCUCAAGACCGUCUGUGAGCUCAAGAAGAACAAAGAGUCUACAAAUGGCUAUGCAUUGGAAGUUUGUGUAAUGGUCUCCGUAUUGGUUUUUCUAGGUCUGGCGCUUAUGUUUGUCAAUGGUACGUAUCUGUCUUGAGUUUUUGUUUGUUCUUCAUGAUCUUUUGUAGACCUUAUGACAGUUUGAUCUAAUGUUUAUGCAGGAAGAGCUUCAAAGAUGUAAACGAGAGUGUCGAGAAGCUCGAGUCUCUCUUUAGGUACGAUACCACAACUGCCUAGUCUCUUUUCUAAUAACUAUAAACGUAUAGUAGUUAAGUAGAACCUAUUUAGUUAGUUGUUUGGUUUCUCUGCAUUGGUGGUAAUUGCUAGUUGUUUGGUUUCUAUAAAUUGGUGGUAAUUGCUAGUUAAGUAGAACCUAUUUAGUUAGGUUUCUAUCUUCCUACCGCCAUAGAUUUGAUUGUUUUAAAUGGCUGUUACCGUGAUUUGAUUGGUGUUUAAUGCAAGUAGUUAGCUUUCUACCUUCCUCACUGCUCGGUUUUAAUUGGCUUUUAAUGUUUGUUAGUUUAAUCUCGCCUAUUUAACUUUCUGUGUUGCUAUUAGAGUAACACAGAGCAAUCUGUAAACAUGGAUAAGCAAACUAGUUAUAUAAACCUCAGCUUUAGUCAAUCUCAGAGUACAGUGGACCUUGAAUCACCCGAACCUUAUUGGUUCGGUACCCAAGGUCCUGAUGAGUCCGUUCUCGAGUCUCCUCUCAACUCUGCUGUCGAGCCUAAUGCCAAGGAGAGGAGGAAAUGGUGCAUGAAGGAGGACAAAAUCCUUAUUGGUGCUUGGCUUAACACCAGUAAGGAUGCGGUGGUGAGCAAUGACCAGAAAGCUGGUCGCUUCUGGAAGAGGAUUGUCGACUACUACAACAACUGCCCGCAACUGGUGGGAACAACACCUAGAGAGCUGAAUCAGUGCAAGCAGAGGUGGGCUAGGAUUAACGAGCAAGUCAGCAAGUUCGUUGGAUCAUAUGACGCGGCUCUGAGGGAGCAGAGGAGUGGUCAAAAUGAUGAUGACGUGAUGAAAGCUGCUCUAGAGUUCUUCUUCAAUCGUCACCGGACCAAGUUUGUCAUGGAACAUGCCUGGAGGGAGUUGAGGCAUGACCAGAAAUGGGCCUCCGCCUUUGUGGGUAAGGACGGUGGGAAGGAAAAGCGGAAACAAGUUGAUAUAGAAGAUGAAGUGGGUGAACCAGAGGGUAGACCUAUAGGGAUCAAGGCUUCUAAAGCUGCUGCUAAGAAGAAGAAGAAUGGUAAAGAAGAGUCGUUGUCACAGAUUCAGGCCAUAAUGGAGAUGAAGUCGAAAGUGUCAACAAAGAAGUUGCUUGAACGUCUACUUAGCAAAAAAGACCCACUCACUGAGAUGGAAACAUCUCUUAAGCUCAAACUCAUGUCUGAGAUGUUAUGAGGUUAGGUUGCAUAGUUAGCGUUCGUAUUCAACCUAUGUGUCGAGUAGUUACAUGUUGUUUGAUUGCAUAGUUAGCGUUCGUAUUCAACCUAUGUGUCCUCUUUCAGUUUAAUGUGUUUUUCCAAAAGUAAUAACUAUGUGUGUACUCUUUCAGGUUCAGCAGUAGGGUCACGGGUGUUGCAAUGCACGGGUUAAGAUUGUCACGGGCUGUGAAGUACUCAAAGUCACGGGUGCUUCUGUUUUUCUAGCAUGUGAAGAUUGUCACGGGUGCUUUUAUGUUUCACGUUAAUGUAGUAUAAGUAGUAGUCAUUGUUGUUUAAACUAUUUAUCUCUUUCUCCUACGCACUUUGUAUUCAGCAACAAAACUUUGUAUCUCAUCUUCUCCUAUUUCCCUCAGCAACAAAACUUUGUAAUAUUAAACAUUGGUUCUCACUUUGCAUCUCAUCUUCUCCGACUGAAUCCACGGUGGACCAUUUUAUCUAUCUUGUUAAAAAGGUAUGGUCUUCACAAAUAGAAAUUCUAAAUUUGAACCUAUAGUAAAAAAGAAAUAGAAAUUAUAAAUUUGAAUCUAUAAAUUUGAAUCUAUAAAUUUUAAUUUGAAAAUUUUAAUUUGAACCUAUAGUAAAAAAGAAUUUUUAGAUUAAAAUUUGCAUCUAAAAAUUUGAACCUAUAGUAAAAAAGAAAUAGAGAUUCUAAAUUUGAAUCUAUAAAUUUGAAUCUAUAAAUUUUAAUUUGAAAAUUUUAAUUUGAACCUAUAGUAAAAAAGAAUUUUUAGAUUAAAAUUUGCAUCUAAAAAUUUGAACCUAUAGUAAAAAAGAAAUAGAGAUUCUAAAUUUUAAUCUAUAAAUUUGAACCUAUAGUAAAAAGAAAUAGAGAUUCUAAAUUUUAAUCUAUAAAUUUGAACCUAUAGUAAAAAAGAAAUUGAGAUUCUAAAUUUGAAUCUAAAAAUUUGAACCUAUAGUAAAAAAGAAAUAGAGAUUCUAAAUUUUAAUCUAAAAAUUUGAAUCUAUAAAUUUGAAUUUAAAUAUUUGAAUCUAUAAAUUUGAAUCUAUAAAUUUGAAUCUAAAAAUUUGAAUCUAUAAAUUUGAAUUUAAAUAUUUGAAUCUAUAAAUUUAAAAGAACUUAUAUAUUAUUUUUAAAACCAGGAUACCUAAAUAUGUCAUCAUCUUCAUCCGAUGAUCUGGAAGAAAGAUUGGACGAAAUUAUCGACGAAUACGUCGAAGACUCAUUCAACAACAUAGUGGAGGGCAUGACCAUUAACCAAAGGGGACGUGCUUACAUAGAACGACACCGCGAAGGAGGACACAUACAAUUAUGGAAUGACUACUUCAGCGAAGAUUCGACAUUCUCGACGGAAUUAUUCAGACGCCGUUUCCGUAUGAAUAAGGGAUUAUUCUUGCGUAUUGUCCAUCGCCUAUCAGAGAGCUUGCCAUUCUUUCAGCAAAGAAGAGAUGCAACCGGGAGGUUAGGUCUUACUCCACUACAGAAAUGUACGGCCGCAAUUCGUCUACUUGCUUAUGGCUCUGCGGCUGACACGGUCGACGAAUAUCUUCGACUUGCUGAGACCACAGCACUUUCGUGUUUACAUAAUUUCACUGACGGAAUUAUAGAGUUAUUUGGAAAAGAGUAUCUACGACGACCCACCCCAGAGGAUCUUCAACGACUACUCGAUAUUGGAGAGCAACGCGGGUUUCCGGGGAUGAUCGGGAGCAUUGAUUGUAUGCAUUGGGAAUGGAAAAAUUGCCCCAGCGCUUGGAAAGGACAGUACACCCGUGGAUCAGGAAAACCGACAAUUGUCUUAGAGGCUGUGGCUUCGCAAGACCUUUGGAUAUGGCACGCUUUUUUUGGUCCUCCAGGUACCUUAAACGAUAUUAAUGUCCUCGAACGGUCUCCUGUUUUUGACGACAUUAUAGAAGGUCGAGCUCCCAGGGUACGGUACAUGGUCAACGGACACAUGUAUAAGUUGGCGUACUACCUCACUGACGGUAUAUAUCCAAAAUGGUCAACAUUUAUCCAAUCAAUCACACUCCCUCAAUGUCCUAAACAAGAGUUAUUUGCCAAAGUUCAAGAAGCUACCCGAAAAGAUGUGGAGCGGGCUUUUGGAGUAUUGCAAGCCCGAUUUGCGAUUGUGAAGAACCCGGUAAAAACAUUGGACAAAGCAAAGAUAAGCAAGAUUAUGAGAGCAUGUAUCAUACUACACAAUAUGAUAGUCGAAAAUGUCCGGGAUGGAUACGGUACACAAUUUGAUAUAUCUGAUUUUGAAGAAGGGGACGUAACCAGAAGUUCACGGGUGGAAGCCAACAUGCCUACAAAUCUCAACAACAUAUUUCCCAUUCGGAAUGAUGUUCGGGAUACUCGUAUACAUGAACAUUUGAAAACCGAUCUAAUUGAGCAUAUUUGGAACAAAUUUGGUGAUGAAUAAGUCUUGUAUCUUUUUAUUGAAUCAUGAAUAAUAAAUAAAAAUUUUAAUUUUUUUUUUUUUAAAUAUUUAUUUAUUCUUAAGGAUUCCAAAUCGAGUAUCACUAUUGCACACAUAUUUUUGAUUAGGAUCCUUAACAAUUCAAAAAGGAAAAAAAAAUAUUAUUCUAAUCCUAAGGACUCUUGAGAUAGUAUCACAUUGCAUAUGCUCAGAACCCCAUAUUAAUUGUUUCUAACGACUAUAUACAAUUCACUUAGGAAAUUCUUGAAGAAUCUUUAGUUUCAUUUUUUUUUCUUUAUAUGUUUCUACUUGAGGUUUCUAACUAAAACAUUUUACUUAACGUCAGAAGCCAUUGUGAAUAUUGUCUGUUUUUUUCCAUGGCACAGAAAUAAAAUAUUAAAUCUCAUACAAAUAUCUUUCUUCCUCUUUCUUUUGUAAACUUCUGCCAUUAUGUUGGAGUUUUGAAUAGUUUUCUUUACUCAAAUUGAGUCUGUUACAAGUGGAAUAAGAAAAAACAAUGUUAGGCCAGGUUUGUGGUCUCUGAUGGUCACACAGGGAACAAUUGUUCUCACAACUUGGCUAAAUUUUAUCAUAUUAUUUAUUGCUACUUACAAGAUGAUAUGUAUAUCGCAUAUUCAUGUGUGUGAUACUUCUGACGUUAAUGUGGAUUAAGUUGAUAAAAUACUUGCUCGAGUUAUGGUGAAAAUGCAGAGAAUUAUUAUAUUACAUACACGACAUAAGGUGUCGGAUCUACAUACAUAUUAUUUAUUUAAUUAGCUCAAUAAUAUUUUUUAACGCCAAAAACAAAUUAUAUAUUUAUACGAUCCUUGAAUCUUUGAUGAUUCUUGUUCAUCUCUGGAUGGUUAUAUAUGAGAAAAACUAUAGUUUACUAGAAGCACAUACAGCCAGAGUAAAUUAUUAUGGCUUUCUAAUGAUUUUUCUUUUGAAACAUAUAUGUUUGAUAUGUUAGUAUUUCUUCUCUUUUUAACAAAUUCACCCUAGCAAAUCAAUUGCAAGAAAGAAAGUGUAAAAACAAAUUGGAUUAAAGAAACAUACAUUGCCUAUGUACCUAUGAUUAGGAGCUAAGCAUAGUUUUUGAAAAACGGCAAAGCAAUAAAAUUAAAAUUAAGCUUGAAAUUAAAAUUAGAUAGA